AUGACAGAUCAGGAGUAUGUUCUGUGCAGGUGGCGGAAGCGUUUGUGGCCGGCAAAGGUUUUGUGCAGAACUGGAGCUGCUGGGAAAACAUCUGUUGCAAAUCGGGAGGAGAAUUACUUUAAAGUCGAAAUACUUGGCUUGAAAGAACAGGUUCGUGUGAAGGGUGCAGACGCUCUACUGCUGAAGGAGGAACAUAUAGAAAACAUCGCCUCGAACUUGGAUCAAAGGACUGACUCGACUAAGGCUGUGGAAGAACUGAAAUAUCGCCAUUCUCUUAAAAUUGCCCUGGAUAUUUUGACUCAGAAUGUCUCAGGCAGACAAGUACCACCGUCAGAAAAAGGACCAAAUACUCGGCUGUCCCAGCACAACAGUCAUUAUUUUUCAGAGCCUAGGACUUCCAGGAAGAAAAGAAGUCAAAAAACCAACCCCAGCCUGAAGACUGAUACAAAAAAACAGAGUGAGAAAGGUUCCCUCGUUUUGGAGAGUGCUAAAAUGCAUGAAAGUGGAACAAGCCCUUCCAGCUGUAGGACUGAGGGCUUGUCAGAAACAUUGAACUCAGAGAGUCAAAACUGCGAAAUACCGGAAUCAAAAUCACUCCCAAGGCAGAAAAAAGACAAGCCCAGAUUGUUUACCAAGUCCCAACUGGGAAAUAAAGUCUCCUGUAAGCCCAAGGAGGAAAGAAGUAAGCAAGGAAGGAAAAUAUGGGGAGGUGCAGGAUCACCUGAACCACGUCAGAGUGAGCUCCUUGAAGGUCGGGCGCAGCCCCCGGCCGAGGAGGGGUCUCCUCCCUCCGGCCCUGUCAGGAAGGUGAGAGGCAGAAGCCAGCCUAGAAGGAUAUUGUUCAACUCCUCUUACAAGAGUUCCUCAGACGACUUGGAGAAAAGCAUCAGCAGUGAGGGCGAGAGCCUAGUGAAGCAGUUAGGUGGAAGGAAAAAGCCGUCGCGUUUCAAACGGGUUAACGGAGAGCAAGAGCGCGGCGCAGGUGCAUCCCCAGGCAGCAAAAGGAAACGUGGGAGCUGCCCUGAGCCUUCACCUGUGCCUUCGAGCUCCAGUCACCUCCCCUCUCGGCCCAAGGAGGAGGAAAAUGCAAAUACUUGCUUCGCGAACAAAGUAAAGCAGUUUCAGCUGCCUGACUUUGAGGAAGAUGAAGGGCUGGAAUCUCCCGACCUCUCUUCAAAGUCAGUUUUCACAGACAGUCUAUCCCGCCUCUCAGCUCUGGUAGAUGAAGAGGAAGAGGAUGAAGAACUUCCUAGUGUUUUAUCGCAUCAAGAACCACAAUCAAUCGAAGAAGGGAUUUUGGUCUGGUGCAAGCUGCGAAGGUAUCCUUACUGGCCAGCAGUGGUGAAAAAUGUGAGGAGGAAACAGAGAAAGGCGUGUGUGCUGCUAAUAGAGGAGAGCAUGAAUGAGAAGAAAAAAGGUUUCUCGGUGCCGCUCAGGAGCCUGAAACACUUUGACUGUGAAGAGAAGCCAGAUCUCAUAGAGCAAGCCAAAGAAGGUUAUCGCCACGAAAUCGAGUGGUGUAUUCGACUGAUUUCCGACUAUCGGAUUAGACUAGGUUGUCAUUCGUUUACGGGAUCCUUCCUGGAAUAUUUUGCUGCUGAUAUCAGCUACCCAGUUCGAAAGGAAGGCUUUAUAAAAAUGACCUUUCCAAACGAGGCGGAGGAAGAUGUCGAAGAGAGUCCGUCAGAAACUUCACCUCAGAAGCCCUCCAAGAAACUUCUUCCUGACAGAACAAGAGCCGCCAGAGAUAAAGCAAAUAAAAAGAUAGUGGAGUUUAUAGUCAAGACUAAGGGGGCCGAGGAGCAUCUUUUGGCCAUUUUGAAAAGCAGAAAGCAAUCCCGGUGGCUGAAGGAAUUCCUGAAGCAGAGUCAGUACGUGACCUGCGUCGAAACCUACUUAGAGGACGAAGAGCAACUUGACCUUGUAGUGAACUACCUGAAGGAAGUCUAUUAUGGAACAGAUGCUAAAAGCAGGUCUCAAAUAAACAGAGACGGAAUCAAAUUUAUUUCGGAAGUCCUCUUGCCGGAAGCCAUCAUUUAUGCGAUUUCUGCUGUGGAUGACAUAGAUUACAAGAAGGCAGAGGAGAAGUACAUAAAAGGACCCACCGUGAGCAAAAGGGAGAGAGAAAUAUUCGACGAGGAAAUUCUGGCGAGAGCCAAGCGGAAGAUCCAACUGGCAUCCGCAGACAGCGCCUGA